UUGUUGACGAGAAGGGUUUCAGACUCUUCAAAAGUUGUACGUAGUCAGAGACUCAGCAGGCGCACCGUUCGAAGACUCGGCCUUCCUUCUCUCGCCGAUCGUCCCUCAUUUGCGUUAGGCGGGAAACUUCCGAUCGCGCGAAGAAACCCCACGAAGAGUUAAUUAAGGGCCAAUUGCAGUGCAUGGGUGAUGGUGAUAAGGUGUUUGGGCAGAUCUCUUGGCUUUCUACAACCUCAAUUGUCCUUAUACUAGGCACUGUCUUAUCUGUGUUAUUUUCAGCCAUGUUAAGUGGAAGCAAGAAACAUAGGCAGAGGGGAGUACAGGUUGAUGUUGGCGGAGAUCCUGGAUUUACUGUUCGCAGUGCGAGAUUUCCUUCUUUAGUUGAGGUUCCAUGGGAAGGUGGCACCAACCUUGCUGUUGUCUUUGAACAAUCCUGCCAAAAACAUGCCAGCAAUCCUUUUUUGGGGACAAGAAAUGUUAUUAAAAAGGAAACUACAACGUCAGCUGAUGGGAGGACUUUUGAGAAGCUACAAAUGAGUGACUAUAAAUGGCUUACCUUUACUGAGACAUUUCAACAUGCUUCAGAUUUUGCAUCGGGCCUAAUAAAGUUGGGCCAUGAUAAAAGUGAUCGUGCGGCAAUUUUUGCUGAAACUAGAGCAGAAUGGUUCAUCUCCUUGCAGGGAUGCUUUCGUCAGAGUAUAACAGUUGUUACUAUCUAUGCAUCUUUGGGUGAAGAAGCUCUUGUCCAUUCAUUAAAUGAGACGGAGGUUUCAACUUUGAUCUGUGAUUUCAAGCAAUUGAAGAAGUUGGCUGCAAUAAGCGCACAGCUACAUUCAGUUAAGUCACUUGUAUAUAUGGAAGAAGAUGGAGCUGAAUUAACUUCUGAUUUAUUAGAAAAGCUGUCAAGGUGGAAGGUUUCAUCUUUUUCUGAAGUUCGAAGGUUGGGGAUGGAAAAUGCUGUUGAUGCAAGAAUACCUCAAAGUUCUGACAUUGCAGUGAUAAUGUAUACAAGUGGUAGUACCGGCCUACCAAAGGGAGUGAUGAUGACUCAUGGUAACAUAGUUGCAACUGCAGCGGCUGUGUUGACAAUAAUUCCAGGAAUAGGCAAUAAGGAUGUUUACUUGGCUUAUUUGCCCUUGGCUCAUGUUCUGGAAUUGGCAGCUGAGACGGUGAUGUUGGCCGCGGGCACUGCAGUAGGAUAUGGUUCAGCUUUGACAUUGACUGAUUCAUCCAAUAAAAUCAUGAAAGGAUCACAAGGAGAUGCAACCGUGUUGCAGCCCACACUUAUGGCAGCAGUACCAGCAAUUCUAGAUCGGGUUCGGGAGGCAGUAUUUAAAAAGGUUGCAGAGAAAGGUGGGCUGGCAAAGAAAUUAUUUGAUAUUGCAUAUAGACGUAGACUUGCUGCUAUUGAGGGAAGUUGGUUUGGUGCGUGGGGAUUAGAAAAGCUUUUCUGGGACUUAAUUGUCUUCAAAAAGAUAAGAUCUGUUCUUGGGGGGAAUAUCCGUUUUAUGCUUUCUGGUGGUGCUCCCCUGUCCAGGGAUACUCAAAGGUUUAUCAAUGUCUGCUUCGGAGCUCCAAUAGGUCAAGGUUAUGGGUUAACAGAGACAUGUGCUGGAGCAACUUUUUCUGAAUGGGAUGAUCCAUCAGUUGGGCGUGUUGGUCCACCUUUACCUUGUUGUUUUAUUAAGCUUGUCUCUUGGGAAGAAGGCGGAUAUACAGUCUCUGAUAAACCAAUGCCUCGAGGAGAGAUUGUAAUUGGAGGCCCCAGUGUGACUCAAGGUUAUUACAAAAAUGAAGCAAAAACUGAUGAAGUGUACAAGGUAGAUGAUAGGGGCAUGCGUUGGUUCUACACCGGUGAUGUAGGUCAAUUUCAUCCUGAUGGCUGCCUUGAGAUCAUCGACAGGAAGAAGGAUAUAGUGAAACUACAACAUGGAGAGUAUGUUUCCCUGGGAAAGGUAGAGGCAGUGUUAGCAUCAUGCCAAUAUGUUGAAAGCAUCAUGGUACAUGCGGAUCCUUUCCACAAUUACUGUGUCGCCCUUGUCGUUCCCUCACAUGCAGUCCUUGAAAAGUGGGCUCAGAGUUCCGGUGUUCAAUACAAGGAUUUCGCAGACCUGUGCGACAAGAAAGAAGCAGUUGAAGAAGUUCAGAAAGCUCUUGCAAAGGAAGGCAAAGUAGGCAGGCUUGACAAGUUCGAAAUUCCGGCUAAAAUCAAGCUCUUACCAGAUCCAUGGACCCCAGAAUCCGGUCUUGUCACCGCUGCCUUGAAGCUGAAGAGGGAGAACUUGAGAUCGACGUUCAAAGCAGAUCUGCAGCAGCUGUACACGUGAGCCCGUUGGAGCCUGCGUUACUUUGGAUAAUCAUCAUUAGUGUUGCUGCAGGACCGUUGUCUGCAGAUGGAGAGGGUGUGCGUGUCGAAGCACCGUUGAUGACAACAAAUAACAAAGCGCUCGUCUUGUCUUGCAUUUUUUGGGUAUUCGUUUUCUGCAAAGUUCCAGAAUUUUUAUUUUAUGUUGGAUUGUGUAUGUACAUGAUAAUAAAGUUUGUUGAACCCUCACUGAAGACCUUGGAUCAGGUCUUAAUACUGUCAA